UGACACUUGUAUAUCUAGAACAGGGGUAUCAAACUGCAGUCCUCCAGCUGUUGCAGAACUACAAAUCCCAUGAGGCAUUGCAAGGCUGACAGUUACAAGAGUGGCUCCCAAAGGCAGAGGCAUGAUGGGAAUUGUAAUUCCUCAACAGCUAGAGGGCCGCAGUUUGACACCUCUGUUGUGAAACUGCAAGUCCCAUCAUGCCUCUGCCUUUGGGAGUCAUGCUUGUAACUGUCAAUCUUGCAAUGCCUCAUGGUGCUUGUAGUUUGGCAACAGCUGGAGGGCCACCAGUUUGACACCCCUG